AUGACAUCAACAAAUCCUGAUAUCGAUUGCAAAGUCCAGAAAGCACUCGAGGGCACCAAGUUCGGGGUUUCAAAACUUGAGAACAUCACGGGUGGAUCUGUCAAUUGGAUCUAUAAGGCGAAGCUUGUGAGGCCCCUGGACAAUGGAGAGGAGGAGGUUCUGGUCAAGCAUGGAGAGCCGUAUAUGGCGUCCAAGCCAGAGUUUGCGCUCCCCCCACUACGUUGCACUAUUGAGAUAGAGAGUCUCAAGAUCUUGUCAAGCGUCUCAUCAUUCGGCAAUCAACCGAACGACACACAUAAUUUCGUCGUACGAACGCCAGAAUUCUAUUAUUUUGAUGAAUACAGCUCAACUCAGGUAUUGGAGUUCUUGUCGGGUGGUAUUCAUUUGAAGGACUAUGCCAUUCAAAACUAUGGCUCUCCGACUCCCGAAUCAUUCAAGCCCCAGUGCAAGGAACUCGGAAAGGCACUUGGCAGGUGGCUACGGGACUUUGUCGCAUGGAGUGCUCAGCAAGUCAAACACCGAGAGCUUGUAGCCCAGAACGAGUUUGGUCAAGCUGUGAGGCACAUGGUGAACUACGUAUGGCUUCAUGAGCGGAUCAAGGAAUAUCCAAGUAUUCUCGAAGGCGUGAAGGAUAUCCUUGCUCGAGUUGAGCAGAUGGCCGCAGCAGAGAAGGAUAACACGACCAAGCUCCAGAUUAUCCAUGGAGACUUCUGGACCGGAAAUAUUGUUCUCCCCAAUGCCGCCAUCAAAGAGGGUAACAAGAUUCCAUUAUUUGUCGUUGACUGGGAACUCACUCAACUCGGCCUGCCAAGCGUAGACUUUGGACAAAUGAUGGCCGAAAUGUACGCGUUAUGGCUAUACAAGUCCGUCGAUGCAGGACUAUGGAUGAUGGAGGGAUUCAUCGAAGGAUACGGAGAUGUCAGCGAAGAGUUCGCUUUUCGGACUGCUAUACACGCUGGUACGCAUCUUCUUUGCGUGACUACUGACUUCCCAGCGUGGGGCCAUGAGAAUUACGAUAGAGUGGUUGCUGUAGGAAGAGACAUUAUUGUCCAUGCUUGGGAGAAGGACCGCGACUGGUUCCAAAAGGGAGACUUGGCAGGGUUAUUUAAGGCUUAG